GCCCCGCCCUCCGCGCUGCCAUAGAGACCGUCUCUAUGGAAGAAGGGGAGGAGGAGGAGGAGGAGGAGGGAGGGAUGCUGGUGGCGGCGAUGGUCCUGUUUGGCGGCAGCAGCAGCAGCAGCAGCAGGCGCCGACGGAGCGAGCCAUGCCGCGCUACGGAGCGGGGUCGUGGUCCCACAGCAGGCGCAGCGGAGCCGCCCUCACCACCCUCCUGCUGACAGGUUGGUCUCUCCGAGAACCCCCUUCCCCGAGCGGCGAGCGGCGGCGGCGCCCUUCCCGCCCGGGCUGCGCAUUCCCCGGCUACGGCCUGCUCCGGAGCCCGCGACUCCGCCCCGGGGCCAAGCAGCGGCGGCUCCCCGGCUCCUCUCCUGGCGGCCUCGGUCCCGGGUUCUCGCCCCAUUCCCGGCCACCGAGGCAAUGGUGGAAAUUUCUGAACCUUCUGCAGAGAGGAGAAGGUGGAGGGAGGGCUGGAAGCGUAGGGUCUGAAAAACAAGGAAACAAGGACAUGCUCAUUAUUGCUUCCAUGGCUGGACGCAGCAUGUGUGUUUCCCCCCUCAAAAACACAUCCCAACCCAACUCCCCCCGAAUAAAUUUUUGGAUUUCCACACAGGCACAAGUGGAAUUUCUAAGGAGAAAUGAAAUGGGUAGAAAAUUUGGGUGGGAUGGGAUGCGGGGAUGCAAAUUAAGUGACACUGUGAUUCUGAUGGGUGCAUGUAGGAUAUAUUGACCUGAGCAUCCAGUUUAGAAGGAUCCAUUUAUAAAUAUAUGGACAGAAGUAAUCGCGCCCCCCCCCAAACACCCCUCUGUUCCAUUUCAGAGGCAAGUAUUUAGAAUGAGGAGAUAACAUGUAGUAGAACAUUAGCAGUAGAACAUUAGUACGUUGUGGGCUGGCUUAGAUUUAGAUCAUACUGAACGACUGUAGAUGAUGGUUAAUGUAAGACACAUUCCUGUACUGCAGACCACCCACCAGCUGUGUGCUUGUUUGUGUGUGUGUUGGCCCAGGGCUUGGAAUCACAGCCAUUUAUUUCACCCUUAAGAUUACACCAGCUGGGGAAUCUUGGGCAAAUGGAAGAGUGAGAAUCCUAUUUACCAGGAGAGGAGAACAUACUUAAAUGCUUGCCUGGGCAAACUAGGGCAUAGGAAAUAAUCUUCAGAGCAAAUGAAGUCAUGAUGAGGUAUAUUAAUGCACAAGAAGAAACAUGCAGUAUACCAUAAAGCAAAGUAUCUCACUGGGUAGCUGGUGUUUUAACAGUAGAUUGGAAACGUAUUUCAAUAUUUGCCUUUUUGCUUGACUAGUGAUGUUUGCAGGUACUUGUACUCCAUGUUGCAUUGUGAAUAUUUGUUGCUGAGAAAGGGCUUGCCUUCAAAAUUAUGAGGAGAAUGUUAAGGGCACAUGGGAUCAAAUACUCCAAGGAUAGAAAAAAAAAGUGGGGAAACCUGUACUUUGCAACUGAUUUUCUAUUUCUUCAGAUUAGAAAAACAUAGAAGGCUGCCUUAUUUGAAGUCAGAGCAUAGGUCCACCAUGUCUCAGAGAGUAUUGUCUACAUUACAGCUCUCCAGGAUUUCAGAUAGAAGCAUUUGCCAGCCAUGCCUGGAAAUAUCAGGGAUAGAACCUGGGUCCUUUUACAUACAUGACAUGUGUCUGCUACUGAGCUUAAUGUUUCCAGUUGUCUGCGGUGAAUAAGAAGGCACAGAUAAUUGCAGCUUAAACAUAUUAUAUUGUCUUCACAUACAAAUUCCAUAUUAGUAGUACCUUUGCUGGGCCAACUAAACAAUCUUAAAAUAGUGUGCAUACUCUCAAGUUCUCCAGAACUCUUAAUUAGGUUAGGUAGUAAACGAAGUGGGUGGAAUGGAGGAAGAAAAGUUUGCUAAUACUAAAGGCGUGAUGGCUGCAUCUGGUCACAGCCCUUUGAGAUAGAAUGGGAGAGGAGGUGACAAGCAUUCAAAGUAGGCUGCUUAGGUGCCAUGCAGGUGUCAGGUUGCACCAAGGCUUGGUGGGAACCAGAACUAUAUAACUAUGGCUCCUUCCUCAUCUCUGGAACCACAGAAGAUCAUUUGUACUGGAUCCCUCUUUGUAUGGUGAGAGCCUACUUCAAGGGUGGGGGAACUGGAUCUGGAUGGUAUGGUUUUCCCCACCCACUGCAGGCCAACUUUGACAGUUGGGUGCAAAUGCCUACCUGACAGUCACUUGAUAUAACAGUGACAUCAGGUGACCCAGUUUCCUUUGCUCGCACAAUUUGAAAUCAAACCACUGUGGGAAAAGGCAGAGCCCUUUUGCAAGCACCAAUAAUCAACUGAUUGUUGGUGCUUCCAAAGUCCAGUGCCCUGGCAAGGACACUGUGAUCAUAUGUCAUCAGGCUGUGUUCAGAUCUUAGGCUGAACACAGGCUGAAUAUUUCGAAGUUGAGGUAGGAGGCAAUGGCUGUGAUCUGCUGUCCAUGCGUUCAUAUAAACAGAAAUGUCAAUUGAACAAGGAAUUUGCUUAGUAUGGGACUUCCUCUUUUCAGUAUCAACCUAGCAUAUUCCAGUGAUGUGUUUUUUUCUGCAAAAUUUUGAUCUGAAUUUUUUUCUAAUGGAUUAGGAUAAUUUUUAUCAGAUAAUUUUCUGAUGUCCAAGACAGGAGCUAAUUUAGGAUGUUUAUUUUUCUUAUACUGUAUUUAGUAAAAUGAAGUUUGCCAAAUAUUGAAUUUACAAUUGACACCUGUGCAUUACUGCUAAUAAACAUAUGAAAUAAGAAUUUCUUUCUGCAGAAAAAUAAAGCACUGUAAAAAUGCCUGCUCUAAAUCACGGGACUAUAUUGAGGAUUCAGUGCAUUUGCACUAAAAUCCAAUAACUUCUAAAGAAACGUAACCGAUGUAGUGUUUAGUAUCAAGAGCUUCUUGCAUAAUUUCAAAUCACACUGCAUAUGAAAAGUGUGGAUUCCCGGAGACAAGGGUAAAUGAUAGUUGGAGUGGAAUGUUCGGUAAGUUAUGAACUGUAAGGUUAACUGGAUUAUAGGGAGAAAUAUGUGGUUAGUUAAAUACAUGUGGAAGACAAGAUUUGGAAAGCACUCUUGUCAUUUAAGUACAUAAACUGUGUGGGGCAAGUUGUAUAUGAUACUAUAUUCUGCCAGCACUUGAAUGUGAGAUUAUCAUAUUACAGUGGUGCCCCGCAAGACGAAUGCCUCGCAAGACGGAAAACCCGCUAGACGAAAGGGUUUUCUGUUUUGGAGGUGCUUCGCAAAACGAAUUUCCUAUGUGCUUGCUUCGCAAGACGAAAAUGUCUUUCGAGUUCCUGCAGGGUUUUUUUCCUUCCCCCCCCCCUUUUCCCAAGCCGCUAAACCGCUUAUCAGCUGAUGGCUAAGCCGCUUAUCAGCUGAUCUUUAAGCCGCUUAACAGCUGAUGCUAAGCCGCUUAUCAGCUGAUCUUUAAGCCGCUUAUCAGCUGAUGGCUAAGCCGCUUAUCAGCUGAUCUUUAAGCCGCUUAACAGCUGAUGCUAAGCCGCUUAUCAGCUGAUCGUUAAGCCGCUUAUCAGCUGAUCUUUAAGCCGGCUAAGCCGCUAAUACUGUAGCGCUAAGCCGCUAAACCUCUAAUGGGCUUGCUUCGCAACACGAAAAAACCCGCAAGACGAAGAGACUCGCGGAACGGAUUCUUUUCGUCUUGCGAGGCACCACUGUAUGUGAUCCCUGCAUAUAUUUAGUUAUAAAUAAGAAAAAGUAUUCUGGCCCCCUUAAAGAAUAACAUAAUUAUUAUGGCAUCAGCUUUCACAGACUACAGUCCACUUCAUUAGAUGCAUGAAAUGUUAACCUGAGUUAUAGGUAUAAACAGUGCUUUUUCUGGGGGGACGCAGGGUUACACAUACCCCUAAACAUUUUGUGAAUCUUUAUACUUUUGUCCAUUUACUGUAUUUUCCCCAAUUUGAACUAUAAAAUGGUGAUUUUAUUGACUCAAAAUGAGAGUACCCCUAAACAUAUUUUUUAGGGGAAAAAAGCACUGGGUAUAAAACUACACAUAUGGUUUGGGGAAGAUUGUAAAAUUGAAAUCAGAAGGAGGACUUCAAAGGGAAAUGACUGCUGUGUACACACCUUCGCGUUUGCUUUGCAUCCAGUGCACUCCCACUGCUGGUUUGUGAAGCACAACAUUAUGCACAAUCCACAUCUACUCUGUAGUUUUCUGAGGAAAUGCUUCGUUUUGAGGUGUUUUCCCCUAAACCACCUUUGAUUAGAUUUGAACACUUAUGACAUGUGAAGACAUCCACACCCCUACUGGUGUGUGUGGACAGACAGCAAACAACUUGGAAACACAUCCAAGUAUACUGAUGCGUACAACAAUGUACAAAUGUGAUUUGAAAUGCAACAGGGGAAAGGAAAAUUGUGUUUUAAGUCAGUCAUGGGUACACAGCAGAAACUCAGAAAAGUACUUUCCUGUAACUUACCUGCAUCUGGUGAAGUGUCCUGUUGUCUGUAGUGGCCUGUAGUGUUUUAAACUACAAGGCUAUAAGGUUGUUGUUAGUCUUUAGAGUUCCACAUGACUCUUUGUGGUUUUUGCUACAGAAGACUUAUCAACAGCCAUUCUUCAGGUCAAGAUUUUAUGUUAUGUGUCAUUUAUCAAUAUAUGCAGUGCUUUUUUCUGGGGAGGAUGCAGGGGGACGCAUGCUCCUAAACAUAUUGUGAAUCUAAGUUUGGCCUCAUUGUGGGGCAGUAUUUCAAUAUGAGUAGGAAAAUGAAAGUACAAAAAAACAUUUUUUUUCCAAGGGAAAAAAGCCCUGAAUAUAUGCAUUAAACUUGUUGUGUUUGAUCUGCUGCUUUUGCCCAGAUUGUAUUUUUGGAGAAGUACAUUCCUAAUUAGGGUGGGUACAAAUGCAGAAUUGUCCAUAAAAAAUAACUUCCCUCAGUCCAUUCCUUCCUGAUUAGUACGUGCAGAGUACGGUAUUUCAAAACAAACUUCAGACAACCAUUUUUAUUCAGUAGUAAAUAAGGCAUUGCAAAGUUUUAGGUCACUUUAUUUCUUUAGCCACAGUGUCACAUAAAUUCUGAACUGCAAAACUGGCUUAAGAAGCCAAGACAGAUUCAACUGAUGACACUUGAGAGAAGGAUGGAGUAAGCAAGUAGACACAGGGUUCAUUCCUAGUUCAACAAAUGGGUCUCUUGGGCCAGGAUAGCUGCAUUCAAUACAAGCUUAAUAUAUACAGUAAUAGGCAAUUAGGUUCAAUAUUUUUCUUUUCCAUAGCACCUUCUUGUUCUUCUUGUUUCUGCUUCCUGAUCCCAGUGCAGCCUGGCUGACUGCUCAUAUUUAAAAACUCAAUCCCUAUCACAUCUCCAACAUCUUCUACCAAGGAAAAAAAGGCAGAAAUGGGUGGGAAGAAACACUUUGAAACAUAUAUAUUUGUGUGCCUGGUCAGGCUGAAUAGCUUAAUUUUUGAAUGCCAUUAAAUGUGUACUUGUAGUCCAUUUAAUUUCUUCUUCUUUACAUUGGGUAUUCAUUAUAUUUUAACUGGUGGCUUUUGAUUUCUGAGAAACUGUUGACAUGAUAUUAAUCCAGUUUGCCUUGCAUCUGUUUUAUUUUGGAAAGCUUUUUUCUUGCACUCUGCUGGUGGCAUAAAUGGAACAGUUAAAUGGAAGACCAAACACGUCAUCAGUUAUGUUAGCAGCAGCAUAAAGGCUGCUGAGAAGAAUGGUGAGUUUAGGUUGAAAAAUAUUUGGGAUUAAUCAACCUCCCCUUGGUAUAUUAGAUUUGAUGUAUUAGUGGUGUGUAUUUCACUAAUAACAUGAUGUGGAAAUAAAUGGCAAUUAUAUAAUGUUCUAAUCUUCUAAGCUUUAAGAAUUCCUCCUUCUAAUCUUUCGUUUUCAACUAAAUUUUCAGUUAUACUUUGUGGAUUCCUUUGCCCAAAAUAAUGGUUCUGGAUAAAAUAUUGUGAAUUUCUUGUUGUUGGUGUCUACUUAAAACACAUCUGCAAUCUGCUGAGUGCAAUAAUAAUCUCCUUAUCAUAAUAAAUGUGUCAUUUUUAUUACUUGUUUGUAGCAAUUGGCAUAAUUUAUUGUGCACGGUUUUUAAAAUGUCAGGACGGCUUGGAGAAAAGAGGUAGCUAAAUACUUCCAUUUAAUGCAAAAUUGUCACAUCAAGUUUUUGUUUGUUUUUUGCUUUUUUAGGUGCCUAAGAGUAUUUUUAAUUUUAUUUAUUUAUAACAUUAAAUACAAUAAUGUGAAACCUCAAGCUUUCUUUUUCAUAUUCAAGGCAGCAGCAAACCAAGAUAAAACAAUACCAAAUAUAUAUGUACGAAACAAUCCAUUUUUAAAAAAAUAACCCAAGAAUUACAGAACCAGUAGCAGGAAUUCAGACCUGUUUGAGUAUUCAUCCUGAUUUGUUUGCACAAAGUUUUCAGUGAGAUUAUAAGACAUCCAUUGAUGAUUUAGUGUUCAUUUGCUUUGUUUUAGGGUGGUUAUGCAAUGGUGCAUCAAUUAGUUGUUGCGCCCACCAAGGGCCAGGGGUGGGCAGGGGUGCUGUGCAGUCACUCCAGGGGUACCAGUGGCAAAAGCUGGGUGCAAGCUCUGCUCACCCUCCAGGCCCCUCUCCCCGGAGUGUGCAAACCACCCCAGGGUGCAUGUACGCCUGUCCCAGGCACCAGCAGUACAUGAACCCAGUAAACAAGGCAGAGCGCUUAAAAGCUCUUUCUAGGCUGGAAAAACCCUGUGCAAAAAGAGCUUAACACCAAGCUCAAGCAGCCGGAUUUCAACUGCAUAAAGUCAGUUUUGCACAUGUAAGUUGCAUGACUUGUGGCCAAGGCAAAGUACAAGUAAACAUUUGCUACACAAAUGUUACAAAAAAAGCACCAUGAGAGUUAGUGACUUUUGACAUCUUUGAAGGGUUAUAUGUAGUAGUUAUAUCAAAUGAUGCACGGCAAUCUGGCAUUGUAUUCCUUUUUUAAUUUUGUUACCAGUGGGAUGAGAAUGGGUUCUGGUGGUUUUCCCAGUCAAAACUCUUUUAACAGGUGGCAGGCCUCUUAUCGGUUGACUUUUAAUGGAAGUCUGAAUAUAGCAUGCGACUGAAUCAGUCAUGGGUUUCCUCUUGCACCUGUGCCCACUUAGUAGCAUAUUAGACUGCUGUCUGUUGAAGUGGAGCAGCAUUGAAAUAUAUGGCACAGUAGGAGAUGCAACAUCUGGCCAAUAACAGCUUGGGGAGUAUCACACCAGCAGAAGCCCAUAGAUAAAUGUGGCAAUAUUGUAUUUGUGAACAGAUACUGUGAAGGACAAUGAGUGUCCUCAAGGAAUUGGGAAGAGUGUAUUUUUGCACUGAUGGAUAGAUAGAUAGAUAGAUAGAUAGAUAGAUGAUAGAUACCCAAGUGGAGAAGCAGGGAAAAACGUUGGUUUGUCACCAUAGGAAGAGCCCUGCUAGAUCUCACGAAGGUCCAUCUAGUCCGGCAUCCUGUUCUCACAGUUGUCAUCCAGAUGCCCAUGGAUAGCAUACAAGCAGGGCAUGAGGAGGACAAUAGUUCUUUCCAGCUGUUGUUAUCCAGUGACUGGUAUUCAAAGGCAUGUUGCCUCUGAUCCUGGUGGUAGUACAUACCCAACGUGAUAAGUAGCCAUUGAUAGCCUCGGCCUCCAUGGGUCCACCAAAUCCUCCCCCCUCCCCACCAGACAUCUAAGUUGGUGGCCCUUGCUACAUACCGUGGUAGUGAUUUUCACAGUACAGUGGUACCUUGGUUCUCAAACGGCUUGGCUCCCAAAGAGAUUGGCUCCCGAACGCCGCAAACCUGGAAGUAAGUGUUCCGGUUUGCGAAUGUUUUUCGGAAGCUGAACGGCCGACAUGGCUUCCACUUGAGUGCAGGAAGCUCCUGCAGCCAAUCAGAAGCCACGCUUGGUUUUUGAACGGUUUCUGGAGUCAGAACGGACUCCCGGAACGGAUUAAGUUUGAGAACCAAAGUACCACUGUGUAACUCUGUGCAGUGUGGAGAAGUACUUCCUUUUAUCUGCUCUAAAUCUUCCAAAAUUGAGCUUCAUUGGAUGACCUUGGGUUCUAGAAUUAUAAUUGUUAACUGUAGGGCACAAGCCCCUUUGGGGGAUACAUUUGGGAUUUAUUUUUAUUACUUCCCUUGCCUAUGCACCAGUGGAUGUUUGAUCAGAGGAGGGUCUACACUGCAAGAUGGUCUGAUAAGCCUGCAGAUUGCCCAUGUCUGUUUGCUGUUCUGUUUCAGACCUUGUGGCCAUCCUGUUCUGGAGAGGUUUCUGCUGCUCUGGUUGCAGAAGUGAAGGGUUACUCCAGCUGGAAGCUAGAAGGCAUUGUGAACUUCAUUCCAUUAACACCAAACUGGGAGGGGUGGCUAACACCCCAGAGGACAGGAUCACACUUCAAAACGACCUUGACAGAUUAGAGAACUGGGCCAAAACAAACAAGAUGAAUUUUAACAGGGAGAAAUGUAAAGUAUUGCACUUGGGCAAAAAAAUGAGAGGCACAAAUACAAGAUGGGGACACCUGGCUUGAGAGCAGUACAUGUGAAAAGGAUCUAGGAGUCUUGGUUGACCACAAACUUGACAUGAGCCAACAGUGUGACGCGGCAGCUAAAAAGCCAAUGCAAUUCUGGGCUGCAUCAAUAGGAGUAUAGCAUCUAGAUCAAGGGAAGUAAUAGUGCCACUGUAUUCUGCUCUGGUCAGACCUCACCUGGAGUACUGUGUCCAGUUCUGGGCACCACAGUUCAAGAAGGACACUGACAAACUGGAACGUGUCCAGAGGAGGGCAACCAAAAUGGUCAAAGGCCUGGAAACGAUGCCUUAUGAGGAACGGCUAAGGGAGCUGGGCAUGUUUAGCCUGGAGAAGAGGAGGUUAAGGGGUGAUAUGAUAGCCAUGUUCAAAUAUAUAAAAGGAUGUCACAUAGAGGAGGGAAAAGGUUGUUUUCUGCUGCUCCAGAGAAGCGGACACGGAGCAAUGGAUCCAAACUACAAGAAAGAAGAUUCCACCUAAACAUUAGGAAGAACUUCCUGACAGUAAGAGCUGUUCGACGGUGGAAUUUGCUGCCAAGGAGUGUGGUGGAGUCUCCUUCUUUGGAGGUCUUUAAGCAGAGGCUUGACAACCAUAUGUCAGGAGUGCUCUGAUGGUGUUUCCUGCUUGGCAGGGGGUUGGACUCGAUGGCCCUUGUGGUCUCUUCCAACUCUAUGAUUCUAUGAUUCUAUGAUUCCAUUUGUGCCGUUCCAGAGCUCUGCUCCAGCAGGAGGAGAAACAGCUGAUUCAAAGAGUUUGCUUGCUAGAAGUGAGAAAUGCCACAGUUGUAGUAAGGCCUUCAUUUCCCAGUGCUAGCUAAGGUCUCCUUGCUACAGUUUUACGAAGGGAGUAUUGGGGCUAAUCUAUUCUAUCAAGUGAUAUGGGACAAUUCAGUGAUGCUUCUUGAUAGGUGCGCACAAAUGCUGGUAAAAUGUUCACAUUCAAUUUAUCAGCAUGCCAAAGGGCUGAACUGUCUCCAGCAUGCCCAAAUUGCAUCAUAUGAUUCAUUUAAAACGUUGUGCAAUUUAAUCGCUUGACAUGAUCACAGAAAGGCCUGACUGUCUUUUUCACUUUUGCAUUUAAAACUGAAUUUUCAUUUUGAGGGUGACGGGGUAGCCUAAGGUUUCCUGAAUGAUCAACAUGACCUAGAUGAUUAGAAAUUUUCCUAACUAUUGGUGCCACUUUCGUUGGUACACCAAACAGCAAGGAAUUCUGUGUUACAAUGGGUAUGGAAUAUUAAAUAGGAACCCACAUUCCCCCUGGAAAAAAAUCUGAGUUUCAUAUUCAAUGAAUAAUGAACAUUACUGAAUUUAGACAUCACACAUUCUCUCUUGAGCCCAAUCAGUGUAUGCAUUUAUUCAGUGAAAGGAUAACUGGAGAAGUUCAGUUGUGUGUCUCCUAAGGACACAAAGAAUAGGAAAUGUGUAUUUUCCAGAUAGGAAAGACUUGUUGAAAGUGAUAACCUAAUUGUAAUAGUUGUUGUGAAUGCCACUUGUGCCACUUGACAGCAGCUUUCGGUGAUGAACUUUUGGAAGCCCUUGCACUCCUCCAUUAUUAUUAGAAAAUCAGUAGCACUAAAAUAUGAGAUCUAUCAUCCUUAUUUAUACAAAGACAAACAAAACAUUGAAGUCAAGUGUGUUGAGUACUGAUAUAGGCACAGAUCGUAGGCAUUCCAAGUCAUUACUGUGACCUGAAUAAAGUACCCACUCAAAUGUAAUGUAUUUAUAUUUGUAUCUGAAUUAGUUUUUUAAUCAUCUGUGAUUGUAUUUUUUUUUGCACCCUGGGCCCUUUUUUCCUUGAGGUACAUGUAAAUACAUUAAGAUUAAGAUUCCCAAGAUGUGCUGCAGUAUAAAAUGAUAAAAACUAUAGAGUCUCAGAAGACUAAAACCGCAAACUCAGAUGAAACAUCACAGUUAAAACCAGCAUAUGCAAAAUUUAAAGGUGUCUUAAAACUCUUCCAGGCAGUCCCAUCAUUUAACAGUAAACAUCAAACUGCUGCAGAAGGCCUGAGCGAAGGGGUAUGUUUUUAGUUGGCGCCAAAAGUUAAGCAAAAGUUGGCACUAACCAGCUUAGAGAGAAGGAUGUUCCUUUUUUAAGAAAACAACAGCCAAGCAUCUCAUUUUGCAUUUACAGAUUCAUUUAUGUAAGACUACACAGACACAGCUGUAUGUCUGUUUUCUGCUGCCUGAUUGAUGCCCAUAUGAAAAGAGAUCCCAUAUCUCCCUCUUCUGCUCUCCCGAUAAAUGCCUAAAAUAUUAUUAAAAGGAUUCUAGUUAAUAAUAUUUUAGAUGUAUAUAGCUAAAUGAUGGUAUGACACAGUUAAGGAUGUAAUGGAAAUAGCAGCAAUGGACCUUUUAACUAAAGAGACCAUUCCAUUUGGACUAUUAAGGUGCAUGGGUGUAGACAAGGGGGGGGCAGGGGUGCAGCUGGGCCAAUUCGCCAGCGGCAGGAACCGUGCCUACACACGCAAAGUCUGCAUGUCACAUUUAAACCAUAGUUAAACUGUGGUUCAGUGUAAACACACAACAUGCUGGUGCACCUUGCUGAAAAAUUCCUGCUCCGUACCUACAGCUGCUGUGUUGCCGGAAGAUAAGCCAAAGUCUGACUUUGUUGUGAUGUGCAAACCCACACUUAGCAUUUGUUUUCCCCAAACAAACCAUGAGCAGUAAGCCAAGAACAAACCUUAGUUACCUGUUCAUGGCUCAUUUGGAGAGAAAGAAACCAUGACCCUGUGUUUGGACAUCAUGACAAAUGAGACUUUAUAAUAAUUUAUAUAAUAAUAAUUUAUUAUUUCUACCCCGCCCAUCUGGCUGGGUUUCCCCAGCCUCUCUGGGCAGCUUUCAACAGAACAUUUAAAACAGAAUAAAACUUCAAACAUUAAAAACUUCCCUAAACAGGGCUGCCUUCAGAUGUCUUCUAAAAGUCGGAUAGUUGUUUAUUUCCUUGACAUCAGAUGGGAGGGUGUUCCACAGGGCGGGUGCCACUACUGAGAAGGCCCUCUGCCUGGUUCCCUGUAACCUCACUUCUCGCAGUGAGGGAACCCCCAGAAGGCCCUCGGCGCUGGACCUUUAGCAUGUUUCCAAGCCAUGCAACAGGAGCAGGGGAGAUAUGGAGCAAGAACUCAUGGUGCAAUUACAUUAAAUAAUUGGUUGUUAAAUAUUGUUUACUGUGAUGUGUGAACUAGGUCAUUGAGAAAAUAUUCUUCUGUGGAUGGAGAAGAUAGCAACAAUGGGGACCAACAUAGAGCAAAUAGAUUAUUUAUAGCCAUUUAUUAUAAUACUGAAACGCCUUCCGUCACGCUUUUGUUUGUUAUUUAAUUUUAACUUCUUAACGCUGCUUUCCUAAGCAUGGAAGUAAUUCCUAUUGGAAUCGAUAGGAUUUGCUUUCAAGUAGACUGUAAGGCGAUACCUGUUGUUCAACUUCUUUUUUAUCAAAAUAUGCAAAAAUAAAAACAAAACCCACCACCCUCCUCAAUGCAUAGUUAACUGAUGCAAAUUAUAAUUCCUUACAAUACUCAAAAGGACAAAGCAGAAUAAUUGCUUCUUUGUCAGCGACAUGCUAAAUGGUUGAAUUUUGAUUGCUGCCUACACACUCAUAGGAAUUGUUAGCAUACAUAAGAAAGAAGAAGCAUUGCUUUGCGUUUCUUCUGUCGUCCUUGUCCACUUCUUAACUUGUCAUUAAUAGGGAUAUCCUUUUCUGCUUCCCUUUUCCCAAAAAUGACUUGCCGCGGCUUUGAACGUGGUGGCAUUUUGAAUGUGUCCUACUUUUUCAUACCCUGUCUCUUCUCUCUGCUCCUCCUUUCCCAGUGUACACAAUCCUCUCGAAGGUGCACUCCGAUCAUACGGUGUACCCUUCCGCUGGAGUUCUGUUUGUCCACGUCUUGGAGAGGGAGUAUUUUAAAGGGGAGUUUCCUCCUUAUCCAAAGCCUGGUAAGAAAUGCUUACAGUUUUAGAAAUAUGUAUCAGAGUCGUUAAAUAACCCUAAUUACUUCGCGUUUGCAGAGAGAGAGAGAGAACACGCACUUGUGGAGCAGGCGGAUGUGCAAGGCAAUCCUGUACAUCAGGGGUGGGGAGUCCCACGCCUGGGACCAAAUGCCACCUUGCAACAGUGAAGGAAAGCAUUGCCUCUCCUUUUCACUGUGGUCCUGGCACACAAACACCGCCCCCAUGCUGCUGGAGCUGCUAUUAGUCCCAAGAAAGCAGCUUCCAUUGGCACCAGUGGAGACUUCCCACCCAGACCUUAUAGGAGUAUUUGGGGCAUGCAUGUAUCAGUUUUCAUCAGCCGCAUUACAAGGGAGGAAAGGGUUAAGCAGGUAAUCCCAAACUCAGCCCUCCGGAUGUUUUGGGACUACAACUCCCAUCAUCCCUAGCUAACAGGACCAGUGGUCAGGGAUGAUGGGAAUUGUAGUCCCAAAACAUCUGGAGGGCCGAGUUAGGGGGUGCCUGGGUUAAAUCUUUACCCCAUUUGUGCUGCAGUCCCAGCAGAAAUCCUACACGCUUACUGUUUUUUUGUGUGUGUGUGUUUAUUAAACAAACAGAGGUGAUUGCAACUGUUGUCUUUCACAUUGCCUCUAUUUUGGUCUGAAAUUAUAGUUUCUUUAAUAUAGCAAUUAAAGAAACCCAUUUCUUGAGUUCAGUGCUGUUUUUCUGCAUUUUAAAAAUAAAAGAACAACAAUGUAGGGCACAAUCUGCAGCUGUAGACAGUCAUUUGGCUUCCAUGAAAUAAAACUGGGACAAUUUUAGUCCAGUUUAACAAAAUACUUUAAAUAUAUUUUGGCAGUUCUGUAAACGAAGAAAGUAUGUGAUUAAUUAUACUUGUUUUUCUUUUGCUUGGUAUGUCAUAUGGCUCUCAAGCCAGCAGCAGAACAAACUCUUUACUGUACAACUCCCUUUAGCUAAGCUGCAAUCUGCACUUACCUAGGAGAAGUGGAUGGGAGAUAAUAGGCUAACUCUAGAGCCCUCUCCAAAUAGUAGAGUUGAUAUGCAGAUAUUUACUUCUGAGUAAAUAGGCAGAGGACUGCACUGCACAUCUCACUGAAAUUUAUGCAGAUGUUUGCAGUCUCAGGAGCCAGGUUUUCCAUCAUUGCUGGUUUGGGUUAGUGCAUCUUUACAGGUGUUUUUGAACUAACAUGCAAAACCUAUCAAUUUGACUUACAGAGUGUAAAUGCAGUAUUGUGAUUAUUUCAUAGCGGACUACCAAGAACAGGAAUUAUUGACAGCUUGCAGUCUCCCGUUUUGUCAUUUGCAUUGCAUGAAAAUACUGUGCUGUUCAUUUGGUGACACUGCAUUUUAAAUUGGAUGUCCUGUUUAUCCAGGCGAGAUGAACAAUGAUCCUAUAACUUUUAACACAAACCUAAUGGGUUACCCUGACAGACCUGGUUGGCUACGAUACAUUCAGAGAACACCCUACAGCGAUGGAGUGUUGUAUGGGUCACCAACAAUAGACAAUGUGGGAAGACCAUCUGUCAUUGAGGUAGGUUUGCUGCAAAAUAUUUUAUCUAGACCCUGUCUCAAACAUCUAGGCACGUAACAUGUUGUCAUGGGUAACUACCUGCUGUAUGAUAACACCCUUUGCUGAUAAUUAAAAAACCACACCCUGAUCUCUAAAUAAUUUUUUAUAAAAAAUAUUCAAACAUUCAAUCUCAUUGUUUUCAUGUCUUCCCUCUGCCAGCUUCAUAUAUUUGGUGAAUUAAGCUGCUUAUGAAAUCUAAUGCCACAAUAAACCAAUGAUUUCAAAGUGUCACAGCACUUGGCCUUUGGGCAGCCUGAAAGAGAUCCCAGGAUUUUAUGACCUGGCCGUGACCUUGUACCAGUCCUUAAUCCCAUCCCUGUAGAAUAUUUGCUCUGUACACAAGGACUUUGGAGAAGAGCCCAUGAUGCCAGAGUGGAGCUCCUUCACGUGUCCUUCCACCUUCUGUGUUUUUGACCAAAGGAGCGAAGAAUGCCCAGAUAAGGCUGCAGAGUUCACCUUUUAUUGGAGGGAGUGUGUGCUUGGCACCUGGAAUUGCAAACUUUUGCCCAAGGUAGGCAGAGCUAUAGAAAUGUGGCCGUGAAUGUAAAAUAUGUUCUCAUAUUGAGAACAAGGGAACAGCAGCAGCAUUUGGAUAUGUAGUUGUACGUGUAACCCAUUGAAAAGAAUGAACAGCAUCCAUACCCAUAUGCAUAUCAAGUUGAAAGCAAUGGAGAGGAUCUACGUGUAGGUGUACUGUACAUCUGAUUUAUGCUAGCAGUUUGUAAAAACAAGGGUAGCUGGAAAUUUACAGCAUGAACCUAGAUAUGUCCCAUCCUAGAAGUGAAGUCCUAUAGAGUUAGGUGGGGCUUACACCCAGGGAAGUGGGGAUAGGAUUAUAUCUUUAGUGACAUUACUAUGGAUUUCUGAGACCAAGUGAAAAACUUAGAAAGCUCCAUGGAAAUGAAACUACAAAUGUCAUCCAUUCCUAGGGACAAUCAUCCACCUUCUAGAUCAGUCGUCUCCUACCUUGGAUCCACAGAUGUUGUUAGACUACAACACCCACCUACCCCCGCAUCCCUAGUCAGCAUGGUCAGUGGUCAAGGAUGAUGGGAGUUGUAGUCCAACAAUAUUGGGCACUUAAGCCUGUUGCAUGUAUUCUCUGCACCUUUGUGACACGUAAGGAACCCGGUAAGUUCGGUCUAUUUACAACAGUGGUCUGCUGGGUGCAUCUGGAGUGCAACUCAUCUACCCUUUAUUGACAUGGAUGUGCUCCUUAAAAUCUUUGGUGGUGAAAUGGAAUCUUGGAAGUCUUCUAAUUCUGUCCCAGUUUACUGACAAAACUUGACUGGCUCAGAAUAAGGUUGGGCAUGUUGGUUUGUUUUGUAUAUUUCUAGGCCACUUUUUAGGGCAAAGUCUUCCCUAGGUGCCUUAACAUGAAAACAACUGUAUAAUUCAGCAGAGGUCCCUAACCUUUUUGGCUCUGGGGGCACAUUUGGAAGACUAAGAAACUGAUGCAGGUAUCACAAAAUAGUCAUUUCUCAGAAGAAAAUCCAGCAAUGCUCAGAACACCCCCCCAAAAAAAGUCCAUGUAAAAUAUAUGCACCCUCCAAAAACAACAUAUAGACAAUGACAACGUAUAGACAAAAAAAGCAGGCAACACCCAGAACCAAACCACCAAAAACCAAAACUAAUAAUAAGCAUUCCAGAAGAAAUGUUUUAAAUUCUGGAAAUUGUAGAUUUGUCUUGGUCUGGUGCAUGUAAUGUCUUUCAUUUUGUAGUUGUGUGAUUUGUGCUUAUAUAUUGUAUUGUGAUGGCCAUUGGCUAGAAACUAUAAAAUCUAUUGACUAAUUUAAAAAAAGCAAAACAAAAUUGGGAAGGGCAGGGAGCCUUAGUAAGUGGCAGAAGUGUCUGAGGGUCCUGUGGUCCCCAUGGGCACCACACUUCGGAUCCCAGGAACACAGUGUCCAUGUUUCAGUAAAAGGAAUAUUGUAACAUAGCACCCUAAAACAAUCCACAGGCCAGCGAUAUAGUGUUAUAAAUGUAACUAAAAGCAAUUAAAAACAUUCAAGUUACCAACAAUAGAAACUCAUUAAGAAGUUGCCAAAAACAAGUGGGGUUUUUUGGAGCCCAUUUUAAAGCUUGUGCUGAUGAGGCCUUAUGCAAAUCACUUGGGAGGGGAUAAUAUAACCAAGGGGCUUUCACUCGGAAGGCCAUGUCUCUCAUAGCUGCUCAUCUGAUUGAUUUUACAGGUGGGCCUAGGAGCCUUCUCACUGGUAUAAUGUGUUUUCUCUUCUCCCCCUUUGUCCUUCCACAAAAAGCUUGAGGGGCCCAACCACUGCCCAGGUUUCUCCCCAUCUAACGCUGGCUUUUCACAGCGUUGAAUAACCAUAUAUGGAAUUGUCAAGCUAGAUGCAAGUUUUUCGUGCUCAACUGGUAAUAGUUUUUGGAAAUAUAGUAACAGGUUUCUGGUUUAUGUUUCUUCUUUAUUAGAUCACUGCUUAUAACAGGCGCACCUUUGAGACAGCCAGACAUAAUUUGAUUAUUAAUAUAAUGGCAGCAGAAGGUAAGCAUUUUAGAUUGCAUUGAUACAUAAUAUUACACUAUUAGGAGAUUAUUACAGUGGUACCUCGGGUUAAGUACUUAAUUCGUUCUGGAGGUCUGUACUUAACCUGAAACUGUUCUUAACCUGAAGCACCACUUUAGCUAAUGGGGCCUCCUGCUGCUGCUGCUGCACCGCCAGAGCACGAUUUCUGUUCUCAUCCUGAAGCAAAGUUCUUAACCUGAAGCACUAUUUCUGGGUUAGCGGAGUCUGUAACCUGAAGCAUAUGCAACCUGAGGUACCACUGUAUAGAAUAAAUAAAUGGCAAAUGGAUAGGAAAGAGGUAUGCUAAGCUUUCCUGUAUUUAGUUAAUUGUAUUUUAUUUUGUUAUUUCCAAGCCACCUCUGUUAGAGAACUCUCCUUCAUUCUAUUAUAAAUAUUUUGAAAUGUUUGCAUUUAUGUUUUUAAAAAGAGUGUGUACUUGAAAAGUUCAUCUGGUCUGUUACUGUGGCUUACAGGGAGAGCCAAGUGGUGGCUUAGGAGCCUUGCCCAGCUUCUAGGCAAUUUUAGAUAUCGGAAUGACAUAGUAGCUCAGUUCACACGUUGUGAGCCAUUUAUGCCAAGACUUAAGUGCUCAUUCCCUUACUUUUCAGUCCCUUACUUUUCUUAGAGUGAUCAUCACCAUGGUUUGCCUCAAGUCAGAAUGAGAAACCAUAGUGUGAAUGAUGUGAAUUUCUGAUCUCAGUUUGUAGGCAAACUGCGGUUUGUGCAAACCAGGGAGUGAGGGAGAGAAUUGGAGUGCAUAAGGCAGGGGAACAAGAAACUACAUGAGUCUUAGGUGCUGACAUGAUCAGCUUCAGGAUGGGCAAAUCCUCCAAUUUCCAUUUCUCAUUUUUUCAUUCUUAAGUUCAGUUUUCCACUUUCCCGCAUCAGUUUGUGGUCUAUUUAUUUUUUAAAGUCCUUAGGAAAAUUCACCAGUGUAUUAGGGCAUUCCCCCCCCACCCCAUAUACCCAUUUUUGAAAAGCAGUUUCCCCUAAUAUAAUGCAAUUUUGUAUUCUAUUUUCAUGCAUACUUUACCUUAGUAUGUGCAGUUGUGUACACAUCCCUUGUCUGGAUAACUGCAUUGCAAAAUUUGGAGAAAUGUGAAUUUCAAAGGAUAGCUGUGUUUUGUGUGUGUGUGUUGUUUCAGAAAGUGUGAUUAAGUAGGUGCUCCUUUAAAUGCAGACCGAGUUGAGCUUCUCCCCCAUCCUUCAAGCAACCAAAUUCAAGCCAGUGGUUCAGUACAGAGAUCAUGCAACCAGCAGUCUUGUAACUGUGGUUAAGAGACUGAGUGUCACUUGAGCAUUUGUGGAAGUUGCUUUGCAAGCCUUAGAUUUAUAAAGGAUCUUGGAUUGCUUCACACUCGGUUAUAUUUAGAAAAUGACAGUGCUGUAUUUCUGAUUUAUUAUUCUGCCUUCUUUGUAAUUUUGUAAAAAGACAAAUCUAAGGCAUAAUUAAUGUUCUCUUUGCAAUUAGAUUUUCCUUUACCAUAUCAAGCAGAGUUCUUCAUUAAAAAUAUGAAUGUAGAGGAAAUGUUGGCAAGUGAGGUUCUUGGAGACUUCCUUGGAGCGGUGAAAAAUGUUUGGCAGCCGGAGAAACUGAAUGCCAUAAACAUCACCUCAGCUCUUGAUAGGGGAGGCAGAGUCCCACUUCCUAUUAAUGACAUGAAAGAAGGGUAAGCAAGUUUUCAUUAUAUUUCUUCUAGCAGUCCAGAUAUUUUAGAAUGUAGCUUACAACAAAAGCAGUAAAGAAUCUUAAAGCAGGGGUUGCCAGUCUUUCUGGGCUAGUGAACGUAUUUGGAAUUUUGAGCAAGUGCCAUUCAGGCAAGUCACAAAAUGGCUGCUGUGUGGGUUUGUGGCAUAACACAAAAUGGCGGCUGGGGGGGGAUCACAUCUGGGUUAAUGGGCUUGCGCACAUAUUUUUUUUGGAAAGCAAAUAAUAGAAAUGAGCGCUACACUUCCGCUAGGUUCUGCUGGUUUUCCAGAACAGGCUUUUAUCAGGUAAGAAAAUGCCAGGAAAACUGAACAGAGUGCUUCCUGAAUUCAGCCAAGAUAAUAUCUGCUUCUUUGCAAUUUCCACCCAUUGAUUCUAGUCCUAAGAGCCAUUGCUUAUAGGACUCAGUUUCCAGACCCAGUAAUGGUAAAAGGUAAAGGACCCCUGGAUGGUUAAGUCCAGCCAAAAGCAACUGUGGGGUACAGCGCUCAUCUCGCUUCGGCUGAGGGAGCUGGCGUUUAUCCACAGAAAGCUUUCUGGGUCAUGUGGCCAGCAGGACUAAAUCGCUUUUGGCGCAAUGGGAUACCAUGAUGGAAGCCAGAGUGCACAGAAACGCCGCUUACCUUCCCACCACAGCGGUACCUAUUUAUCUACUUGCGCUGGUGUGCUUUCGAACUGCUAAGUUGGGAGGAGCUGGGGCAGAGCAACCGGAGCUCACAAUGUUGUGGGGAUUUGAACUGCCGACCUUCCUAUCGGCAAGCCCAAGAGGCUCAGUGGUUUAGACCUCAGCGCCACCCUAAUCCAGACCCAGCACUCCUGAUGCGGCCUGGCUAGCACAGAAUGAACUGGGAUUAUUAUGUCUCAUAAUUUAGAGACGAUGCUUCUGUUAAGGUUGCUGAAGAUUGCGUUAGAUUUUUAAGCAGCCACAUAGCGCUGCUGGCUCAUGUUCAGCUUAUGAUCAAAUGAGAUCCUUUCUACUCAUGCUUCAAAGCCAGGUUCUGCUUGCCGCCACCCAGUCCCAGCCUUUACUUGGAGCUUUGGGAUUUUUUUUUGGGGGGGGGUUGUACCUAAAUACAGAACUACACACUUAUCUUGGUCAAAUUUUAACCUGUGGGGUUGGGUCCAAUAUCUCAGCCUGCCAUUGCUCCCAAGUGCAUGGUUUGUGAAGGGUGCAGCUAUACCACGCUGUGGCUUAAUGCAGAGUUGAGACUGAUAAACUGGCUAGGAAAUGGUCAGUGCACUAGAAGUGCUUCAGACAGAAUACAACUAGGCACAGCUUAGUGGUUGUUUGAUAGACUCUGCCAUGGCAGUGGGGAAUUUGCUACCAUUGCAUCCUCUCAGUGCCAUCCAGAGAGCUUUUCCGAGUAACAAAGAUACCUUUUCAGCCUUGUCCCCUUCCCUGUGUUGAGGAUCACUGCAGUUGUCCACUGUUUGCUUUGCUCUGUAGGCAAAGAUGCUCACAUGCAAUCUGACUGAGACUCGGCUAGUUCUGUGGUUUCUCAGAAGGGGGCGGGGAGGGACUCGGUGCCCUCUGGUGGUCAAGUUUUAUUCAAACAUGAAGAUAUAAACAGGAUCCUUUUGCUAAGCAAGGGGUCGGUCACUUGUUGAUCUUGCUUGGUUAAGCUUAAUAAGGGUUUUGGCCAUUGCUUAUUGCCUUUUCAAAAGGCUCCCUUUUACAAGGUGUAAUGUCUCUGUUUUGAAGGAGCCCGUGCUAUGUCUGAUUUUGAAGUCCUGUUUGAGUUCACUGAAUCUAAAUAUAUACAGAUUUAUUUCCCAUAUUUCAUUUGUGGACAAGGUGUUUUGAGAGGGCAGUGAUGUAGGACCCCAGAUUAUCCUGGAUAAACUGAAUUUUGGUACUGUACUGGAUCCAGUUUUUUGGUGACGCAUUCAGAGAAUCAUAAAGCACAUGCUGUAGUUUGCUGCCAGCUUUCAUGUUGUCUGCUUUUGAACUGUGCAUAAUCUGCAAAUGAACUGUGCAAUAGAGAGCCAAGUGGAAACAGUGAGGAGCUCUUUCCAUUCACGGACAUUUGGAUCCAACCCACUGAUUGAAAAUUUAUCUGUGACCAUCCUAAAACUGUCAACAUUUCUUUGCAGUGUCUAUGUUAUGGUUGGUGCAGAUGCUACAUUCUCCUCCUGCUUACGGGAAGUUGAAAACCCACAAAAUCAGCUGAGAUGCAGUCAAGAAAUGGAGCCUGUAAUAACAUGUGAUAAAAAGUUCCGUACCCAAUUUCAAAUAGACUGGUGUAAAAUCUCCUUGGUGAGUUGCUAGCUGGCAGUAUUGCAGAACACACAUAGCCAAUUAGUCUUUAAAAUAAUCUUCUGGAGGGCAGAUUAUGUAGAUUUCUUUUUAACCUUCUGAGGUUCAUGGGAUGGACAUGAGCUGAUGCUCUGGAAUGCCCUCCCUAGAGAAGCCCAUUUGCCCCUGUCGCUAAAUGCUGUCCAGCGCCUGAAGAAAACCUAGUUGGUUAAACCAGAGAUGGAGAACCUGGUACCCUCAAGAUGUUGUGGGAGCCCAACUCUCGUCAGCCCCAGCCAGGAUGGCCAGUGGAUCAGGAUGAUAAAAGUUGUAGUCCAACAACUUUUAUAGGGUCACAACUUAGCCAUCCCUGUUUAAGAGUACCCAUUGGGGAAUAUGAACUAUCAUCUGUCAGUAAGGUAAAGGGUAAAGGGACCACUGACCAUUAGGUCUGGUCGUGACCGACUCUGGGGUUGCGGCGCUCAUCUCGCUUUAUUGGCCGAGGGAGCCGGCGUACAGCUUCCGGGUCAUGUGGCCAGCAUGACUAAGCCGCUUCUGGCGAACCAUCUGUUUACCUUCCCUCCAGAGCAGUACCUAUUUAUCCACCUGCACUUUGACGCGCUUUCAAACUGCUAGGUUGGCAGGAGCAGGAGCUGGGACCGAGCAACGGGAGCUCACCCCGUCGUGGGGAUUCGAACUGCUGACCUUCUGAUCGGCAAGUCCUAGGCUCUGUGGGUUUAACCCACAGCGCCACCCGCGUCCUGUUCAUCUGUCAGUACAGUGAACUAAAUGGACCAACUGUCUGACUUAGGAACAUAGCUCAGUUGGUUAGAGCAUGGUAGAUGCUGAUAAUGCCAAGGUCGCAGGUUCAAUCCUCAUAUGGGACAGGUACAUAUUAUUGCAUUCCAGGGGGUUGGACUAGAUGAUCCUCAGGGUUCCUUCCAGCUCUAUGAUAGAAAGAUGCCUUAUACUAUGAAAGAAUUAUGCUACUUGUCAUUGCUGAAGAAUUAGAGUUAAGGUAUAACUAGUUAGUAACUCUUCAAACUAUGGCACUUGCUCUGCAAGUCUUGCUUAAGGAGAUACUUUCCUCAAAGCACAGAAUCCUAAGUGUUCACAGUCCCAUUGAUUUCAAUUGGAUUUAUUCCCCAGUAAAUGUGCAAAUAUUUCAUAUACUGUAUUGUUGGGACUCCCAACUCCCAUCAGCCCUAGCUACAGGGCUAAUGGUCAAGGCUAGCAGAGUCGCGACCCUCCAGAUAUUCUUAGGAGUUCCCCAUCCCAGCAGUAAAGCAACCAUUCAAUGCUAAGUAAACCUCUAGCAGUGGUUUUGUGUCAUCUCAUCUUCUGUCGAUCAAUGACUGCUUGAUUGUUUACUUAAAACUAUAUCUAGUAUAUCCUGGCUUUUCCACCUAAGGAGAUCAGGAGUACAGUAAAAAACAACAACACAUGACUCGUUGCUGCCGAAACGCCAAGAAGGGCUCAAUGGCCUGAUUAUUGUUAUUUUUAACUGGUGUCUUAAACACAACCCUACAAAUCUCUUGUGGGAGGAAAUUCCAGAAGUGGAGAGGGAGCCACCACAGAGAAGGCCCUCUAAUGACUUGGCCUCUGAUGAAUUCCUGAAGGUCCAGCAAGAAGGGUCUCUGUGGAAGGUCUCAGUUCUCAGGCAGGGUUCUCUAGCUAACGCAUGAUGUACUUUGAACAGAAAGUGAAGAAAGUGUCUUGAUUUUUAUGACCAGAUUUCUAUACAGACAAUGUGUGGUACAAAUUUUCCUUUAAAAAGAAAUUAUGAUUCUGGAGGGCUGUUGCUUAAACUCUGCUGUAAUGAAUGCUCAGUGGUACUGUUUGAUGGUUUAUGAUCUCCAUUUUUUCUCCCAAGGUUUUACUGUCUAAAAUAUAUUUUGUCUGUUUGGUAUCAGGUUGACAAAACACAGCACGUUUCCACCUAUCAAGAAGUGGUCCGUGGAGAAGGGAUCUUACCAGAUGGUGGCGAGUAUAAGCCACCUUCUGAAAGCCUGAAAAGCCGAGACUAUUAUUCAGACUUCCUCAUUACAUUGGCAGUGCCCUCCGCAAUAGCCCUGGUGCUUUUUCUAAUACUUGCUUAUAUUAUGUGCUGCCGAAGGGAAGGCGUGUGAGUACUUUGAAACAUUAAUAAGUAUUUUAUAAUUGUGUGAGUUUAUAAGGUACAUGACAAAAAAAAAAGUAGAUGAACUUGAUUCAGUUCAUAAAAACACAGUCCAUUUUUAGCCUUUUCUAAAACAUGCAAUAAAAUCAAAUUACAGCUACUUGUUAACUUUGGAAUUAGAAAUUUUAUUUAUUUUUAAAAAUUCAAAAACUGAGCAACCCGUUCACAAAACUAUUUAACCUGACAGUAAUUUGAAGCUAAUUAAAGGUAAACAUAGUGUCUAACAGUUAAAAUAAACCUUAUUAAGAUUGUGAACUGAAUUUAGGAUUAUAAAAGCCAAAAUCAUUUUUUGAAAAAAUAAAAGCAGCAAGCAACACAAUUUCUUCCAUUUUACAUGCACCUGUUCUGGGAACAUUUUAGUCCCACACCUGUCCUUUUAACGUGCAUAUUCACUUCUCUGUGUACAUGUCUUUCAUCUAUCCCAUCUCUUUAUGUGCUUUCUUCAUCCAUGCCUUCUCAUAAACCCUGUGGCAAAUGCUUCCAAGUUGACCAAAUGGUCAUGAUCCAAACGAAUGUGCAGAAACAGGAACUUGAUGUGCAGCCAACUCUUUCUUUGAACGUUUGCCAUUGCUCCUCUCACUGCUGAAGAGGCAACCCUCCAAAAUGCAGCUUGCCUCUUCGGCUAUUAGAGCUGCAGAAACAAAUCUCCAAAGGCAACUCCAGUUGCAUGUAUAGCUCUCAUCUGCACACACCUGCAUCUUCUUGAGAUCAUGAUCCAUUGCAACAGGACCAGCAUUUCCAUACCAUGACUUAUUUCCAUCGGCAGUUAGAUUUAAUGUUCCAAAUAUCAAUGCUAUUAUUUAAUUCAUAACUUUUGUUUUAUUUUUAGGGAAAAGAGAAACAUGCAAACACCAGAGUAAGUGUCUUCUUUCCUGUUAUUUUCUCCCAUCACUUAAUUUUCAUUUCCCAGUAGCUUCUCAUGCUUCAUACAUGUAUACCAUCCUCAUUCUCCUUAACUUGUUCUUCAUCUUUGUGGUGGCUGCUUUGAAAAAUGUAGAAUCCUGAGAAACUGAGUAGGUCAAAAUAAAAAGGGUUUAAAAGCUCAUAAUAAAAGAGGCCAGAAUCAGAAUAUUAUUAUUCAGUUUUGAGGUUUGUGGUUUGUGAUAUUACUGUCAACUUCUAUAAGGUAACCAAAAAAUUAUACUCCAUAAAACUGCUUUUUAAAGUGAGGCUUCUAUUAAUAAUUGUUAGCUAACCGCAAGAAGCCAAGCUCUAAAACAUACCAAAUAAAAAGCAUUAACAUCUGCACUUGGUUACAUGGAACAGAAUGCUGAAAAGCUCAUCAUACUUUAGAACAGGAAUGGUCCAGUGUUGACAGAUGGGUGGGACCACCCAGUUGUCAAUCACCUAACAGCUGAUCAGAGGUUGGAGCAUCCUUUGAAGAUGUACUUGCUGUAACCAACCAGCAGCUGAUUGGUGGCUCCCUGAAACCUCUAUGAAAUUUGUUUGCAGGAAGUGGUUUGAAGCCAAACUGCUUCUUGCAGAGAAGGCGAGCUCCAUUACUGCAACCGUGAUGCUAAGGAGGUGCCCUCUCGGUGCUGAAUAGGCCCUCUCAGAGGUCCAGAGAGUCCCAGGCCACUUCCCGCUUUUGAAAUCCCUAGCUCUAAUAAAAAUUAAAAUAACACCCAAAACCAAAAUAAGGUACCAAAAAUACACAGGGCAAGAAUCUGAGCUUGAGGCCAAAUCGCCCUCCUGCCCUCCACCCACCCCACUGGGCCUGGUGCUGAUCAGCUGUCAGGGGUGUGAUUUGUGGGAUCCAUGUUGGGCCUAAUGAGGCCUGUGGGCUGGACUCUCAGUGGACCACUUCAUAAAUCCCCCCCCAACCUUCAGCACCAGCAUCAUAAUCAAAGCCAGUGACACCUUGUGAAGAUCACAGGCCCUAGGCCAAACCCUUGUAACUCUACUCAUUAAAUCCAGCCCUAAUCAAAAGGGCCUAACAGUAGUGGGUUGAGAACCCUCUAGCUGAGGGCAUAGGUCAAUGCAAGGCCAGUGGGCAACCUAGAGGCGGCCAAGGCUUAUCCCAGUGCAGCCAAGGUCAAAGAAGACAUAAUGUUGGAUGCCUGAUUGAAUCAAAUACACCUUGUACCUUAUUUGCUUCUAAAUAACAGUCAGCUUUUUUCUCUAUGGUCCCAAUGAAAAUCGGCUCCCCCUCCUUGAAGUUGCUGUUCUUCCCAAGAGAGAAGCUGGCAUAGAUACCAAUGGAGGCUUCCCUCCUGAAGGGCAAAGCAGUUUCUAGAAACCACAGGAGUGGAGGCUACUUUUCUUGAGGGUUUCUUGCUGGCAUCUAAAAAGACCACUGGCUUGAUGCAGGAGGCUCUUACAUUCUUAAAGCAGAUGUGUGUGUGAGAGAGAGAGGGGUGUUAUUGAGACCAUGAUGGUGGAAAAAUGGGUUAAUCAUGUCUUUGGAUCACAGGCCUGGUUCUGGUCUCCCCCUCUGCCAGCUGUUACUCAGAAGAAGAAAUUAGGCACAUUAAUUGCAGUUAUGCGUCUAGCUUGUGCCCAGAUAUUCCAGCUGAAAACACAGGGAAAACCUGGGUAGAUUGGAUAUAACCUGCCAGUGCUCUGUGACCUAACCCCUCUAAAAGUAAUUUCCAAUUUUUUAAAAAAUCCAGUAUAUGCUAUUUAUAAACCUUGUCGUUUACACCGAUGUUGUGGUAAUCUAUCAAGUGGCUUUAAAUGUCUGUAUAUGUUUGUACUCUUUAUUUCCACAACGCUAGCAAUUCUAUUAAAUAUGGGGGGGAAAUGUUUCCUUUUGAUCUAGCAUCCAGCUGGUCCACCACAGUGCCAUUCAGAAAUCCACCAAAGAACUUCGGGAGAUGUCCAAAAACAGAGAGAUAGCAUGGCCUCUCUCAACGCUGCCUGUCUUUCACCCAGUCACUGGGGAGAUUGUGCCACCGGUUCACCCCGACAGCUAUGACAACACUAGCAUGCCACUGAUGCAAACACAGCAGUAAGUAUCACUCUUGGUGCCUAACACUGUGAGUUUGAGUUUUGCGGUGCUUCUGCUGAUUUCUUCCAUGGUGGUGGUGCUGUUGCCAUCUCAUUCUAUAGGAUGAUUUGGCUCUUGCGUUUAAAUAGCAAAGCUCUGGUUACACAUUCCACUAACAACCCUUUCCCUAAGCAGAAGCCUUGGAGGCUUUUACUGUUUAGAGUUCAAAAUAGCAUACAAUCGUUUUAAAGAGGCUUUAUUAUUAUUAUUAUUUGUAGGAACCUGCCGCAUCAGACUCAGAUUCCGCAGCAGCAAACGGAAGGUGACUUUUUAAACUAUUUCUUGAAAAGGCAAAAUAUGACCUAGUUAUCAACAAGUGCUCACAAACUCAUCGCAGCGUUCUUGUUCCCUUCCGCAUUUUGCGGGGGCCUGGUUUCCCAAAGUUAAUAGCAGAAGGGUGGGAAAUGAGGAGCAGGGUGUGAGAAAGCUUUGUAUUGAAUAGGCCAUAAGAGUAAGAAUUAACAAAAUUUAGAUGGCAUCUGUGAGAUGCAAUAGUUGAAACGGAAAAGAGUGAACUGAAAUCUCCAAUCAAUAUCACUUCCAUGGAAAUGAAUGGAAAACAUAUCAAUAGUUAUCAGCUUGCCAGACAGAACAACCACCCUUGCCUUGCCUUUCCUCCCCACCUCACAUGCUGUUUUGCGGUUCUCCUGGCCCUCCCCAAGCCAGAGUUCGUUAAAAGAAUCCUGUCCUGCCUGAAACCCCACUUUUCUCAUUUUUCCCCUUGGGAAAUGUGCUCCACACUGGUGGGGUUUAGUGCUAUGAAUAGGUCUAAUUGUUCUUUGCGCAGCCCAGUUAUUCCUUAGUUGCUCCCAAGUCUCAAGUGAGCUGCAUGGGAUGAAGAUGAGUGUUUCUUCUGUCACAUAUAAAAUAAAAACAAUUAAAGUUUGGGAUCGCAUAUGUACUCCCAACCCCUUUUCGCUCUCAUGGGUUCUCUGAAUGACUGAACAUGGUUUUAGUUAUUAGUGUAUCAAGUUGUGUUAUGCCGAAAUUUAUAGAAUUCUUGGUGGUUUGCAUAACCAUAAAAUAAAACAGCAAAAUCAAGGUUAAUCAGAGAAUCAUUCAAAUAGAACAAAGUCGGCAGUGAGUUUUGGGGAAACUUAGCAUAAGUUUUGUAGACUUGAGUCAAUGCAUCAAAGGCAAUCUGUAGCUAACAACUUAAGCUAUCCAUUCAUGCAUCUGAUGGCCUCUUGGCCUCAGCGCCUUAUGCUGCAUAUAGUAUUUGUUAGUCUUUCAGGUACCACAAAGUGUUGUUUUUGCUGCAACAGGGAAAAUAUGAGCACACUUCUCAAGGUGUUUGGGUGACCUGUACAGGAAUCUACUUUGAGGGGGCUUCUUUUCAAAAGUUUUGUUUUUUAUUACUGCUUUCGGGGACUAAAGGAGAAUUUCGUAUGACAACGUUCCAAAGAUUAGAGGCAAGUAUUACAUAUAGUAUUCUGCUUUCUCGCUGUUGGAAAACCAAAUAAUACAAUGAAGCACAUUUUACUAUGAACUGUACAUGUUGAUUCUAGAUUUGAUUUGGGUGGCCACUCUCCCAAAAGAUUAGGCACCCUAAGACUUGCAUAGCAGAUGAAAGUGAUCUAUGAAGUGAUUGUGUAAGGAUUCUUAUUUAAAGGUGAACGAAGCUGACUUGCAAUUCUCUAACUGUAAAAUUAAAACCAUGUUGACUAUUGAUCUUUCUAACGCCUUUUUGUGAAUUGUCAUUCACAGGUAAAUGGUAUACCUGAGGAAAGAAAACUUACAGAGGCAAUUAAUUUGUAAUUAAAUAAAACAGCCAAUAUCAUCUUUGAUUUCCUUAUCUGCUUCAGUGAUGCUUGAGUUUUUCUGAUGGCGUAUGCAUGCCUCGUGUUAAAUAUUCCAGUGUCAGAUGGUAAUCAUUUCCAUAUUACUAAAUUUAUUGUAUUUUUUUGUACUUUGGACACUUUCAACAAAUUUAUAAAAUGGUAACUUUUAUAUUUGUUAUAUUUAAAAUAAACAAAUAUUAAACUAUUGGCUCUUUCUUACAUGGAUUUUAAAGCAGUAUAUACUAUGCAAAGGAGAGAAAUGUUAGGACUUAGAUAUGAAGGCCACAGGGAAAAAUUUUUUUGGGGUGGGUGGGAGAUUUCCUCACAUUUUUU